UGACAGUUUAAAAAGGAUGGCUGUAUACAUUGCAUUCUUGGCAGUUUAUUUUUUUAUGCUACAACAAAGUGAGCCGUGUGGUCUUUCAACACACAUAGAGAUAGCACACAGAGCUCUGGAGUAUUUCAGUCAGAAUGAGAGAAAAGUUAACUACAGAGAGCUGCUCCAGAAGCAUCCUGAUGCAUAUCAGGCUGGCAGUGUAUACCCUGACGCCUUUUAUCAGGGCCUCUGUAUGCAAGGAAAAUAUCACUACGUAUCAGAAGAUUCACACUGGACACCUUUUUUGAAAACCAGCAUUAAUUAUAUUAGAAGAACAUAUCCGCUGCCAUGGGAUCAGAGAGCGCAGAAACUGGUGGCCUUCCUGUUUGGAAUAGCUUCCCAUCAGGUGGCUGAUGUGAGUUGGCACAGCCUGCACAUUGACCAAGGAUUCCUCAGAGCCAUGGCAGCAAUUGAUUUUCAUGGCUCAUAUUCAGAAGCUCAUCCAGUUGGUGAUUUUGGUGGAGAUGUAGUCAGCCAAUUUGAACUUGACUUUAAUUAUCUGGAAUCAAAAUGGUAUAUUCCAGUACAGGACCUUUUUAACAUAUAUAAGGAAUUCUACAAUGAGACAGUCAUUGAUGAGAGAACAAUUGUGGACUGCAUGUACAUCCUCUUCCUGCAACUCUAUGGUGAAUAUUUUGCAGUUUCUAAGCUCUACACAACAUAUUCUACAAAAUCUCCCUUCCUGGUGGAACGAUUCCAUGAAUACUUUCUGGGUGGUGUUGAUGACAUGGCGUAUUGGUCCACAAAUAUAUUUCAGUUUACCAGCCUCAUGUUGGAUAAUGGUACCAGUGAAUGCUACUUGCCUGAAAAUCCUAUCUUUAUACAGUGCAACAUUGAGAAAAGAGACCACAAAGUCUCAAGAAAAACGCUAUUGCAAAAGACUAAGUACUACAAAGACUAUAAUUCAUCAGUUAUGAUAUCAUCUGGAGCAGAUAUUGUCACUACAGAGUUUGGAGUCUACUUUCACAUGAGUCAGUGGGCAGAGAGGUCUAUGGAGCUGAUAAGUAAUGCCACUCGAACGGUGACUUCAGUCCGAAUAUUUAAUUCCCUAAAUUCUAAACAUAUUUCUACUUCAUCAGCCACCUAUUAUGUAAGCUCACCAUACUCCAGGCUUGGAUGGACACUUACCACAGCAGAUCUCAAUCAAGAUGGCUGGGAUGACCUGGUUAUAGGAGCCCCAGGUUGCAGCAGUCAGGGCCAUAUUCAAGUCGGUUGUGUCUACAUACUUUAUGGUAACGAAUCAGGACUACCUUCUGUGGACAUGGAUCUAAACAAGGAUGCUGAUGUCUUGUUGAAAGGUUCGGAGCCCUCCGGUCGGUUUGGCUCUUCAGUGGCAGUGCUGGACUUCAAUGUGGAUGGUCAGCCAGAUCUAGUCGUGGGAGCUCCAUCAGUUGGAGGAGCCCAGCUUACAUAUACAGGUUCUGUAUAUAUAUAUUUUGGAACCGGAAGUGAAGGCCUUUCUUCUCAACCAAAUGUCACAAUAAAAUGCAGGGAAACCUAUUGCAAUUUGGGAUGGACACUUCUGGCUGCUGAUGUGAAUAAAGACAAGAAGGAUGACCUUGUAAUUGGUUCUCCUUAUGCACCAGGUGGAGGGAAGCAGAGAGGAUUUGUGGCUGCAUUUUCCUCAAAUCAUGGAAGAUCCAGAAAAGGCAUUCUAUUUGUGGAAGAAGCAGAGUGGAUUGUAAUGGGGGAACAUGACUAUGCUUGGUUUGGUUUUUCUCUUCAUAGUCAUAAAGGCAAGACAAAAACAUUGCUAAUGGUUGGGAGUCCUACCUGGAAAUCUCUCAAAAAAUUCAGCAGAUGUAUCCACUUGAAGAAUAAAGACUUACAGAGUAUUGGGAAAGCCUAUGGAUUCUAUCCACCAAGAAAAAGUGCAUCAUUUGUUAUAAAUGGACAUUCUGAACAGAGUAAGAUGGGUUCAUCAUUUGCAAGUGGGACACUAUAUGUGAACGGGGAGAGGAAGCACGUGCUACUUACUGGGUCACCUGCACAAAACACAGUUUUGAAAGUUAUGUUUAUAUCAAGAAUAUUGCAUAAUGCUGGAACAUCCACAGUGUAUGAACUCAAAGAUACAAAGAAUCCAUCCCUACUGGGAACAUUAAGAGGGGAUGGAGAAUUUUCUCGCUAUGGUACAAAGCUACUUCUAAGCGAUCUGGAUGGUGAUGGCCUUGAUGAAAUCAUUGUGACCUCACCUUUAUGGACCGGUGACUACACAUCAAUGUUGUUCGGUUCUCAGACAGGUCGAGUCUAUAUUUAUAAUGGAAAUACCACAGGAUUGCUAAAAGAUAGAUGCAAGUCAUGGUCUUCACCAUGCCCUGAGGACUGGGCACAAUAUGUACUAAUCUCUCCUGAAGAAAAAUCAAGGUUUGGAAAAGACAUGGUCGGUGAUGUUAAUAUUAAAACUGUUUUGAUUUUGCUAUUCCAGAAGCAGGUGGUUGUUGCAGCUGCAAGAAGCUCCAAUAGAGCAAGACUGGCUGGAGCAGUGUACAUUUACAAUCUCAACUGAACU